ACUGGACUUUUGACAGCUGUUGUUGUUGUUGCCUCGGCUGCGGUAGCAAUUUAAUACAAUUUAACAAAUUUAGUAACAAACGAUGGCCCAAGUUCCCUUGGCAAUCGUCUCGCACAAGCGCCAGGUGUGCAGCCUGUACAAGCGAGCACUGCGCAACCUGGAGGCGUGGUACGACCGACGCGAUGUUUACCGCUACCGCGCUGUCCAGCUGCGUGCCCGCUUCGACGAGAACUGCUCCAAGGAUCUGGGUGAGGGCAUCCGCCUCCUGGCCUGUGGACAAAGGGAGCUCUUCGAGACGAAGCAUUUCCAGCCCCGAAACUUUGCCAACAGUGCCGGUGGCUGUGCCUUCGAACGAGAGGUGAUUCCGCCCGACUGGGUCCUGGACUACUGGCAUCCCCUAGAGAAGGCCCAGUACCCCGAGUACUUUGCCAAGCGGGAGCAGCGCAAGAAGGAGUUUGUGACCUGGUGGGAGAAGCAGUACGGCAAGCCCGACCCCAAGGACCUGGGACACCACUAAUCUUAGAGUACCGUAGUCAAAUCACAUCCAAUCUUUGUCUUUAAAAGUAAAUCUAUUGGAACUCACAGCAUGUGCUAUUAUAAAUGUGCUGUACUGGCAUUCAGUCGA